CUCGCCAUCUCUGCACCCUCGACCACUCUAUCUUGUCUGCAUCCCCCAAAUCCUAGGUUCCGAACGGGGAACUCUCUCGUUUUCAAGAUGGAGCGAUUCUUUUCUGGAAGUGGGAUCAAUAAGAAUAAAGCAAUGGUGGAGCACUUGCAGCGCUAUGGAGUGAUUGAUUCGAAAAAGGUAGCUCGAGUAACGGAGACUGUUGACAGAGCAUUGCUUGUGCCUGAUGGGAACCCGCCUUAUGUCGACAGCCCCACACAGAUAGGUUACAAUGCCAUUAUUUCGGCACCUCAUAUGCAUGCCACAUGCCUUGAGCUGUUGCAGGAAGAUCUGCAGCCUGGAAUGCAUGCUCUAGAUGUUGGUUCUGGAACGGGGUAUUUGACAGCCUGCUUUGCACUGAUGGUUGGACCACGGGGUUGUGCAGUUGGAGUAGAACACAUACCUGAGCUGGUUGCUUCUUCAAUCAAGAAUAUCGAAAAGAGUGCAGCUGCUCCAUUAUUAAAAGUAGGUUCACUCAAACUGCAUGUGGGUCAUUGGCUGCCGCCUUUGACGGUUCCUUCAUUGUCCGCGCCCGCGGCGAUGCCGUGA